CGAGGAUUCAUCCUGUGGACCUUUAUCAUGGCCGGGCUUGCAGCACUUCGGAGUACCUUCCUGACACGGCUCCCCGCCAGGUUCGUGCGGCAGUCGGGGGCGUCCCUGGUACCGUACGGGGGGAAGGGCCCGAACAUGGGCGACGGGAUCUCAGCUCGUCAUAUGUCAAGCGAGGGUGCGAAAGGAGGUGUAGGUGACGACAAGACUUCUGGAGGGUUCUUUUUUAAUGCUGAGAAAGCCUUCUCCGCCUCUCUUGUGUUCCGUGGUCAAGCUGAAAAGAUAGCCAACGAUGGCAAGCCUUUUGACAACUUCAUGCCCUUGUACUACCAGGUGGACGAAUCCUGGACAAACUACACGAUCCAGGUUGAUGUUUCUGAACCAAUCCAUAUUCGACCUGAUGGCCCGAUCGGACCGAUUUUUCCUCCGCUAUUCCUUGAGAUGACCGUACACUGGGGACCUGCACCGGCCACUCCAGAGCUGAAGAAUGCCAUGGUGAAGUUUUUGGGUGACAGUAAAGGAAAAAAAUAAACACAUCAUUAUCAACCGCAAAACUUGCUUAAGGAUGCCAAUACUAUUUGAGUUUUUUUCGUUAUGUUUCCUUUUAAUGAAAUUUCAAUGCUAAUGAUUCAUUUGGCCACGAGAAGUAAGGUGUAUUUAGAGCAACGAGGGUUAACUUGCUACAGAUAUCACUAUUGUAUAAGAGGUUUGAACAGUAUUAAAGAACUAACACCAAGUACUAGUAUUCCGCUUCGUACAUUUUUUGUGCAUUAUGUACGUAGUUGUCAAUCAUACCAUGAAAUAUCCGUCAAAGAUAUAAAACAGAGAUCAAACGCAUGGCUUCUUAUAUACUACAUAGUAAUACAAAAUAUAGGCUCUAAAUGUUUCUGCCUGGGCAAUUCCAUGCACGUUUGUUUAC